AUGUUUGAGCCUACUGCCGAGGAAGGCUGCCGCGGGUGCGGCUUCAUGGCCGCAAAUCUUCGCAACUUGCUACAACUCGCUCAAAAAGACGCCACAGUUUUUCUCGUCUCUCGUGCUCCCGUCGACAAAAUCACUGCGGUCAAGACGAAAGACUUUCUGGGGGUUCAGUGGGUGGCAAGUUAUGGUAGUGAUUUCAACUAUAACCACCACGUCACAUUGGACGAAAACGUCACCCCCGUCGAGUAUUUCAAAAUGAAAGAAGAACUUGAUGCUUCUAGGCAGGGCCAUACCUAUUAUUCCUACUUCCGUCUCAAUGAGCGUACUGGUACUAUUGCUUGGUUUGACUCGACACCUGCUGGGAGAAAGGAGGGGCCUGAAGGUCCAGUCGAAUUCAAGCUGCUAUCGACUAUCUAG